AUGUCGAGGCGUUACGAUUCAAGGACUACAAUCUUCUCGCCUGAAGGGCGUCUCUACCAGGUUGAGUAUGCUCUCGAAGCCAUCUCGCACGCCGGAACAGCUCUAGGAAUUCUCGCGAAGGAUGGGAUCGUUCUUGCUGCAGAGAAGAAGGUCACCAGCAAGCUGCUGGAGCAGGAUACGUCCGCCGAGAAGCUUUACAUAAUAAACGACAACAUGAUAUGCGCUGUCGCCGGCAUGACUGCAGACGCCAACAUUCUCAUCAACUACGCCCGCCAGGCCGCUCAGCGAUAUCUUCUCACCUACAAUGAAGAGAUCCCGUGUGAGCAGCUUGUCCGUCGUCUAUGCGAUCUGAAGCAGGGAUACACCCAACAUGGCGGUCUCCGACCCUUCGGUGUAUCGUUCAUCUACGCCGGAUAUGACCCGCAUCGGCAGUUUCAAUUGUACCAGAGCAAUCCCAGUGGUAACUACGGAGGAUGGAAGGCUACCAGCGUUGGCGCCAACAACGCAGCUGCUCAGAGCCUUCUGAAGCAGGAUUAUAAGGAGGAUUGUGAUCUGAAGGAGGCAUGUGCCUUGGCGGUGAAGAUCUUGAGCAAGACGAUGGAUUCAACGAAUCUGAGUAGUGAGAAGAUUGAGUUUGCAACCGUGGGAAAGACCAAGGAUGGGAGGAUCUACCACCACCUCUGGGGCGCUGAGGAAAUCGACGCCUUGCUGAGACAACACGGCCUGGCCAAGGAAGAAGAGACUGAAACUGGAUAG